AACACCACUGAUUCUUCUCACACUGCCGAAAGGCGGCGAGAGCCACCCAAAUCUCAGUCAUGCUUCUUCGUCUUCUCUAAUCAAACGAUUCAAAAUCACUCUCCAACAUUUUCCCUCAAAUUUACCAUUGUCGUUUUUCCUUUUCCUUCGUCGUUCAAAUCUGCCGCAGCAAAGUAAUCGGAAGGAAAGGAAGCCCUGAAAAUGAAGGUGAAGGUGGUUUGUCGGAAAAUCUACGACUACGUUCGGUACGACCUCAAAGAAAUUGCUUUCCCUUCGUCCUUGUCCGACCCUCCCCACAUUAAGAAGCGCCGAAAGCUCACCUGGCGCGAGCGUUUCUUGGUGCUGAAGGAGGCUUCUAGGCUUUAUGCAGCAAGCUGGGUACGGGAUAUCGGUCCUGAUCUUCGGCCUAAUGAUUAUAAGAAAGAUGAAGAUAAACCAAAUGAAGCAAAGAGCCAGAAAAAGGAGAAAGAACCCUCUACCUUGGAAGAUCUUGCUGUGGCUGCUAGAGGAGGAAUGGAGACACUAAGGCCUGCUUUGCAGCGCGUUUACGUGACAAGAGCUUCCGCUUAUAGAGAUGCUCUUAAAAGUUUCAUAAAUGGCUAUCAAGAAGGCAUUCAGCGGGUCAUGGAGAAAAAGGAUGAUUCUAAAUCUCAAAAGGAAAGCGAUGAAACCAACAAUUCUGCUUAAACUUUCUCACAAGAGGCAAUAUGUGUUAGUUACUUACCUUUUAGCGCAAUGAUUUUUCACUUGUGUUUCUUAGCUUUAGCAGUAGCCUUCUCAUUGCAGUUGAGUGAAAGAGUUAGUACUCCAAAACAAAACUCAACAAAUGUGAAUUCUGUGGAAAAUCUGUAAUAUGCAUCUUUUGUUGAGACUAAUAAUCUCUUUUAUUGUGAAAU